UAAAGGCGUCGCCCCGCCCCUUGCCUUCCUCUUUCCGUCUCAGGUCGGUGCUGCGAGAAGAGCCGCCGCCAUGUCUGCGCAUCUGCAAUGGAUGGUCGUGCGGAACUGCUCCAGUUUCCUGAUCAAGAGGAAUAAACAGACCUACAGCACUGAGCCCAAUAACUUGAAGGCCCGCAAUUCCUUCCGCUACAACGGACUGAUUCACCGCAAGACUGUGGGCGUGGAGCCGGCAGCCGACGGCAAAGGCGUCGUGGUGGUCAUUAAGCGGAGAUCCGGCCAGCGGAAGCCUGCCACCUCCUAUGUGCGGACCACCAUCAACAAGAAUGCUCGCGCCACGCUUAGCAGCAUCAGACACAUGAUCCGCAAAAACAAGUACCGCCCCGACCUGCGCAUGGUGAGCUGGGGUUUGGGGAUCAGGGGGGGGGAGACUGGCCAGUGCUGUGGGGAGGGGCCUCCCACUACUGGUUGCAAUACGGGCUGGAUUCUUGCUUUCAACCUACUCCCCAGCCCCAGCAUGGGCGGCUUGUGGAGUGUGUGAGCUGAGCCUUGCUCUGCCCUCCCACCCCCAGGCAGCCAUCCGCAGGGCCAGCGCCAUCCUGCGCAGCCAGAAGCCUGUGAUGGUGAAGAGGAAGCGGACCCGCCCCACCAAGAGCUCCUGAGCCCCCUGCCCCCAAAGCAAUAAAGAGUCAGCUGACUUUCUCACCUGC